AUGGCAGUGACCAGCGACUGCAGGGCUCUGAGCAGAGACAUGGUCUUAUUCCUAGUUAGUCUCACUGCCCCUUGGGGUGGUUUGGCAGCAGAACAGAGGCGGUGGCUGGCAAAGCCUUCAAGACAUCCCUGGAAGCCAGGAAGAUGCUGUACUGGUAGAGGCUUAGUUCCUCUGUUCUCACAGGACAGUGGAGCUAGCCGCCUCUCUCUCUCUACGAAGAUCUGCUAUGGCAUUGGUGGAGUUCCCAACCAGGUGGCCUCCAGUGCCACCGCCUUCUACCUGCAGCUCUUCCUGCUCGAUGUGGCUCAGAUCCCUGCUGCGCAGGUGUCGCUUGUCCUGUUUGGAGGGAAGGUGUCUGGGGCAGCUGCCGACCCGGUGGCUGGGUUCUUCAUCAACAGGAGCAGGAGGACAGGGUCUGGACGGCUGAUGCCCUGGGUGCUGGGCUGCACACCCUUCAUCACCUUGGCCUACUUCUUCCUCUGGUUCCUACCCCCCUUCACCAGUCUACGAGGCCUCUGGUACAUCACCUUCUACUGCCUCUUCCAGGCCCUGGCCACGUUCUUCCAGGUGCCCUACACAGCGCUCACCAUGUUCCUGACCCCCAGCCCCAGGGAACGGGACUCAGUCACUGCUUACCGGAUGACCAUGGAGAUGGUGGGGACGCUGGUGGGAGCCACUGUCCAUGGGCUCAUCGUGUCUGGCGCCCAUGGGCCCCAUACAUGUGAGGACUCUGCACUCCCCAGGCAAGCCGCCAUCUCCUCCAAAGCUAUGCGUCUCUACUGCCUCGCGGCUGCCGUGGUAGCAGUAACUUACCCUGUGUGCAGCAGUCUGCUGUGGCUGGGGGUGAAGGAGCGUCCAGACUCCUCUGCUUCAGCCUCAGGCCCAGCGCUGGGCUUCCUGGCAGGGCUGGGUCAGACUGCCCGGUACCGACCCUACCUGAAGCUCGUGGUCUCCUUCCUGUUCAUCUCAGCUGCUGUGCAGGUGGAACAGAGCUACCUGGUGCUGUUCUGCAUGCACGCCUCCCGGUUACAGCAGCACGUGCAGAGCCUCGUGCUGACCAUCCUGGUCUCUGCUGUGCUGAGUACCCCACUGUGGGAGUGGGUCCUCCAGCGCCUGGGGAAGAGGACCUCGGCCUUUGGGAUCUGCACAAUGGUGCCUUUUGUGAUCCUGCUGGCCGUGGUGCCCACGGCCCCUGUGGCAUAUGUCGUGGCCUUUGUGUCUGGCGUGAGCAUUGCCGUGUCCCUGCUGCUUCCAUGGUCCAUGCUGCCCGACGUGGUAGACGCCUUCCAGCAGCAGCAUGAACACAGCCAGGGCCUGGAGACCAUCUUCUAUUCAUCCUAUGUCUUCUUCACCAAGCUUGCAGGCGCGUGCGCCCUGGGCAUCUCCACUCUCAGUCUGGAGUUUUCUGGCUACCAGGCGGGAGCCUGCCAGCAGGCCGAGGAGGUGGUGGUGACCCUCAAGGUCCUCAUCGGAGCCGUGCCCACCUGCAUGCUCCUCACCGGCCUGGGCAUCCUCAUGGUCGGCCCUGCCCCCAAGGCACCAAGUCAGGAUACCUCCCGCCAGCUGAGCCUUCAGAGGCGGACCAGCUACAGCCUUACCUGAAGCCCCAGUGCCAAGGAGCUGCAGUGGAGCCAGCGCCUUCUCACCCACCUCUCAAUUCACCAUGGCCUCUUCCCUGGGUGCCGCCUCCAGUGAGGCCUCCUGGUGUACCCCUGGCUCCCAAUCACCCCAGCUCUGCCCCCACAGCCAGCAGCAGCUGCUUCUGGACACAGGAAGCCCUGCAGGAAGCCCCUUCCCACCCCCU